GCUCUCCAAACCUCAGACCACCAUCUCUGACCUCGGAUGCUAUCAUCACUGACACAUCCCCAAGCUUCCAUCUCGCACUCUCCACUCCUCACCGUCAAGAUGCUCUCCCGCGCCGCCGCCCGAACCACGACCUCUCUGGUCACCAAGCGAGGUUUCCAGACCACCCGCGCCCGCAUGUCCUCGCCCUACCACUACCCCGAGGGCGCCUACAGCAACAUCCCCUUCAACCCCCGAAGCAAGUGGUUCGGCGUCGGAUACUGGACCUUCAUGGCCACCGGCUUCUUCGCUCCCUUCGGCAUUGCUGUCUACCAGACCUACAAGCCCCAGUAAAUUACUCGCCUGCGGAUUGGAUUUGCUGUUGCGUUGAAAGACUGGGAAGCCUCGAGGUGGAAUGUGGUGUAAAUAUCCGAAAUAGACAUCAGUCAUUCUCGACUCUUGAUUCGAAAUUUCAUUUGUUCGACCACCAGCUAUAUCGACCCAUACGUGAAAAUACGGUUAUGGCAAUCGCUAGCUAUGCAAUUCCCAGCCAACCGGAUCUUUAUAUACAGAACUCUAGAGCCCCGGGGUAUUAUUCUAAGUUAAAGUACAUGGUAGUACAAAAUCUACUGUUACAUCAUAA